ACUGCCUGAGCGGGUGCGCAGGCGGCUUCCGGUGUGGGUGAGGAGUGGUGGCCGAAUCAGGGGGACAUCAAGGGACGUUCAGGCAGGGACCAUGGCGGACGGCGGCUCGGAGCGGGCUGAUGGGCGCAUCGUCAAGAUGGAGGUGGACUACAGCGCCACGGUGGAUCAACGACUGCCCGAGUGCGAGAAGUUGGCCAAGGAAGGAAGACUUCAAGAAGUCAUUGAAACCCUUCUCUCUUUGGAGAAACAGACCCGCACUGCUUCUGAUAUGGUGUCUACAUCCCGCAUCUUAGUUGCAGUAGUGAAGAUGUGCUAUGAGGCUAAAGAAUGGGAUUUACUUAAUGAAAAUAUUAUGCUUUUGUCAAAAAGACGGAGUCAGUUAAAACAAGCUGUUGCAAAAAUGGUUCAACAGUGCUGUACUUACGUUGAGGAAAUCACAGACCUUCCAAUCAAACUUCGAUUAAUUGAUACCCUACGAAUGGUUACAGAAGGAAAGAUUUAUGUUGAAAUUGAGCGUGCUCGACUGACGAAAACGUUAGCAACUAUAAAAGAGCAAAACGGUGACGUGAAAGAGGCCGCCUCCAUUUUACAGGAGUUACAGGUGGAAACCUACGGGUCAAUGGAAAAGAAGGAGAGAGUGGAGUUUAUCUUGGAGCAAAUGAGGCUCUGCCUAGCUGUGAAGGAUUACAUUCGUACACAAAUCAUCAGCAAGAAAAUUAACACCAAAUUUUUCCAGGAAGAAAAUACAGAGAAAUUAAAAUUGAAAUAUUAUAACUUAAUGAUUCAGCUGGAUCAACAUGAGGGAUCUUAUUUGUCUAUUUGUAAGCACUACAGAGCAAUAUAUGAUACUCCCUGUAUACAGGCAGAAAGUGAAAAGUGGCAACAGGCUCUGAAAAGUGUCGUCCUCUAUGUGAUUUUGGCUCCUUUUGACAACGAACAGUCAGAUUUGGUUCACCGAAUAAGUGGUGACAAGAAGUUAGAAGAAAUUCCUAAAUACAAGGAUCUUUUAAAGCUUUUUACCACAAUGGAGCUGAUGCGUUGGUCCACACUUGUUGAAGACUAUGGAAUGGAAUUAAGAAAAGGGUCUCUUGAGAGUCCGGCAACUGAUGUUUUUGGUUCUACAGAGGAAGGUGAAAGAAGGUGGAAAGACUUGAAGAACCGAGUUGUUGAACAUAAUAUUAGAAUAAUGGCCAAGUAUUACACGAGGAUAACAAUGCAGAGGAUGGCUCAGCUUCUCGACCUGUCUGUCGAUGAGUCAGAAGCUUUUCUUUCAAAUCUAGUAGUUAACAAGACCAUCUUUGCUAAAGUAGACAGGUUGGCAGGAAUUAUCAACUUCCAGAGACCCAAGGAUCCAAAUAAUUUAUUAAAUGACUGGUCUCAGAAACUGAACUCACUGAUGUCUCUAGUUAACAAAACUACACACCUCAUAGCCAAAGAGGAGAUGAUACAUAAUCUACAAUAAGGGUCUCAACGCCCCUAAUGCUUUUAGAAAAGAGUUAAAAUUGGAAGUCAUAAAAAAAAAAAAAGACUGUUAUGGUGUAAAUGUUGGGUUUGUUUGUUUGUGUUUUCUAUAUUCUCAGCUCCUUUGUCUAAAAUUUAAAAGAUAGUGAAUAUGUUUAAGGCCCCUUUUGACCUUUCAGCUCCCUGAUUUUAUCGUUAACUUUGCAUUUGCAAUUGGUGCAAAAAAAAAAAUACAUUUCUAUUGUCUACAUACUCAAAAAAUUGUGUCAUAACUUACCCAAAUGUGUUUUUCUGUCAUUUGAAAACUUUUUAGCUGUUAUUCUCAUUCAGCUAACAACCAUAAUUAUAAUAAUAAACGUAUAUGCACAUUGACUUUCUAUACUUA